UUUAAGCCAUGUGAAGGUUCUGUCUUUGGCAACAACUGAAACCCCAUCAAAACAAACAGUAGCCAUUUAUCUCCUGCCUUUUCUGCUUCCAUACCCAAAUAUCCUCCAAAAACAAAAAUCUUUCUCUGUCUAAAAUGGCCCAGCUUUGGACCAAAAUUUAUGUACAGCACAAGAGAACAACAAAAACCAACACAAAAUCCACCCUCACCCUUCUCACAAAUAAAAAUAAAAAGGGGAAUAAAAAGGAAACAUGGAAAGCUAAGCUAAGACAGAUAGAGAGAAGGAAAGAUGGAUAGGUGGAUAGAUAUGUCUUCAAUUGUCCUCCAACCACAGAGCUCCCUCUCCAAAACAAAAAAAAAAAACUUAAUUUCCCACAUUUACCCUUUUCUUCUCUGUAUCCCAUCUUUCAUCACUCGGUUCAACUCAAACUCUUUCCCCGUUCUUCAUGGGCCUUUUCGGGUUCUCACAUUCUCCAACCAGUUUCAGGGAAAGAGAAUACCAGAUACACCACAACUUUCUCUUUCCUCCUCUCCUUAUAAUUAUUACCUUUUUUUGUUUUUCUUCCUUUCUCGGCCCCUUUUUUUCUUCCUCUAGAAUCCCAAUUCGUAUCUCCCUUAUCUGGCUCAAUUCUGGAUUAUUUUGCGUCUUUGCUUUGUCUCCAAGUUUUGGUUUUGGUACUGUCAAGAAGCCAAUAAAAACAAGGGCUUUUUUGGGUUCUCGGAUUUUUUUUUUUUUAUCUUUUCUUCUCCUAAUUGGAAUUGGAGAUUGUUUUCUGGAUUAUAUAUUUUAGGGAAAAAGAUGAUUUUUUUGCAAAGGUAGAACCUCCUCUUAGUUUUAUUCAAAAUUUCUGAUAAGUUUUUAUUAUUGGGGUCUCUCAAUUUUGAUAGUUAAGAUGAAAAGGGCUUCUCUCAAUUCUCGUCAGCGAUACAACUCUGUUGUUGAGGAAGAUAAGGCUAGAUUGAAGCAUCAAAACCUACUGCAGGAGUUCUUGGAAUUGCAAAAGGAAUUUGUUUCGAAGAAGAAGAAGUUGCAGACAGUGAACCAGAAGCGAGAAACCCUUUUGGCUGAAGUUCGAUUCUUAAGACAGAGGUUCAGCUAUUUAUCAAUGAUCAAGUCUCAAGAAAAUGAACUACAGCAAGGUUCCGUUCAAUCUCAGAAUCCAUACGUGCAAAGCAAAAUGAUUGCUAAGGAUCAUGGCAUCAAAGAAGCUGUUGGGAGCAAACCAUGUUCUCUUCCAAACUUAGACCCGAAUGUGUUUCACUUGCAGGUUCAUGAAGAAGGGGAUGGGAGAAGUCAAGUAGAUGUUCAAGCAUCAUUGAGAAAGGAGAAGCGUGAAAACUGUUUGAUUAAUGGCAAAAGAGUUGGGAAGAAGAAAAUUUCAUGGCAAGAUCAGGUGGCUUUGAAGGUCUAAAGCAUAAUAAGUAAUCUCUUCGUACACAGUUUAGCAGUUAACUGAGGUGGGGGGACGGGACUUAACUGUCUCCAUGAAGAACCUUUCAUUGACAUUGCUGCAGAUUAGUGCUAUCAUUGUCUUACACUUCUUUAUUCACUAUAAACUGUAAAUUGGGGCAAAUUUGCCCAUUUUAGCAUAUAUGAAUAUAAUGAAUCAUUGCUCACUCGUCUGACAAAUGGUAGUCUUCCUCUCUCUAAUUUGACAGUCUUUCUGCUUGGUGCAUUAUUUGACAGGCAAAAACCUGGAAUAAGUUUAUAGUUUAUGGUGAACUGUGAGAAAUAUGUUUUGAAGUGCAACUGAGUAGUCUGGAAUGAUGACUUGAGAAGUGGCUGAUCUUCAACCAAACUAAAUAUGUGCACAUUUUAUUUGUUUGCAUUGGAGAUUCUUGUCCUCAAACACUGAAUGCCAGGUGGUUCUUUGACUACAAAUACAGCAGAUGAUGCCAAAGAGUUGAGACUUAAAAAUCUUUAAUCUUGAAGUUAUUCUGUAAUUAUGAAGUUCAUUUGAGACAGUGAUGAAACACAUUGGGAAUGCCAACUCAACUUACUUUUUUAUUCA